AUGAGCCAAGGAUAUAGCAAAGACAUAUACAGAGAAUAUGUUGCUAUAAUAGAAUCUAUUGGUGUAGAAAUUCCAGAGGAGCUGGAGCUAGUGUACAAAAGAUACAUCAAAGAGCAGAUGAUGGAGAUGCCAUACUUAGACAGCUCGGUGAUACGGAUGUACACUUUGGUGUUCUUUCUCAAGUAUGUCAAACAGAUACAGGGCACUGCGAGAUUCAAAGACAUCUACUCUAAGCUAGAAAUGCAGAAAAAGCUGAUUACGCGAGCAAUGGAGACUGUUGACAUAGACUUUGGAGUGAAAAACAGCGACCCAGUUCUUGUAGAAGAUUGGAGCUCGCUCUAUAGCAUGAACAAAGCUUGCGGAAUGAGCAUUAUAAACACCAAGAAGGCAGAAAAUAAGUAA